GUGGGACGCAGCAAUUAAAGCCCCUUUGGCACAAAGCAGUGGAGGUGAAGGAGAGGAGAAGGAAGCACAGAAACCCAAAGGGACUUCAACCACUUCCUCACAUCACUCUGCCCCUUCCUGCUGCCAACGCAAACACCUGUGGGCUCUGUCCCACACACAGCGACACUGGGGGACCCAUAGAGCAAGCCAAUCUCAACACUCCCACCCUGUGUUCUGUGGGUGCUUUGAAGAGCCCAGAGUGGCUCAAUAGACCAACUCAGCCCCAAAAUACCCCCCUGCUGAAGCCUCUUCUUGUUCUCCGCUUUUAGGGCUUUUCUCAUCCCCUUUCCACACCUUUCUCUGUUGCACUGGGAGCUGGAGUGCUGCUCUCUGUAAGAAUUGGGCUGGUGGCACCCAUGGGGAGCAAUAGGAAAUGCUGCAGAGCCCUGGUGGCAUCUGAUACAGGGUGGGAAGUUGGAAGUGCUGAGUUCUUUGCCGGUGCCACAGCACAGCCCAGGAGUUAAUCAUUAAAAUGUGCCUAUGUGUAACUACUCUCUGCAGGACAACGAACUGAGAAAUUAUUUAACACCAUUUAAAUGGGUCAUAGCAGUCACUAUAAUAAGUGUGCCUGGAGCCAAUGGGAGCUAUCGGGCUCCUAUAAAAGUGGGUGGGGAGGAACAGCGCUGAGCACCCAAGGGCUGGGUGCUGCCCUAAGGAGAGCUGCCAGCCCUUCUGGGGGCUCUGCACCCACCCCCCUGUGCUGACAUUGAAGGGCAGGGGGCCGGGGGCUGCUUCUGCUGAUGGGAUCCUGAAUUUGAGUGGGAAAAGGUGAAGUUCAGCAGUUUGAAGAAACCCAGCAGGGAGGAGGGAGCUGAGCUCUGCUUUGCUCUCAGCUGUUCCUGAGUGCUCAGCCCGCACACAUCUCUCGUGCCACAUCGACAGCGUUCUGUGAGCCAGAAGCAUGGGAAGGUGCCCAGAAAUGUGAGAGAGGAGCUCUCAGCUCCUGCUUCGAGUGGAAAAACUGCCUGUGACCCAAAUUUAUUUUGGAUCAGGAUCUCCAUGGCACGUGAGCUAGAAAGUAAUCUGCAAUAGAAGCUCUCUUCAUUUUGAAGCGGCGGUCUUUAUCAAAAUGGUUGGGAAACUCAAGCAGAACUUGCUGUUGGCGUGCCUGGUCAUCAGCUCAGUGACAGUGUUCUACUUGGGCCAGCACGCCAUGGAGUGUCACCAUCGCAUAGAGGAACGCAGCCAGCCGGCACGGCUGGAGAGUGUGAGAAGCACAGUGAGAACUGCUCCUAAUGGGAACACAAACAAAACCUUUGCUUACAACAAAGACAUGCCUUUAAUAUUUAUUGGAGGGGUACCUCGAAGCGGCACUACGUUAAUGCGUGCCAUGCUUGAUGCUCAUCCGGAUAUUCGAUGUGGUGAGGAGACGAGGGUUAUCCCACGAAUUCUGGCAGUGAAGCAGAUGUGGGCAAGGUCAAGCAAAGAGAAGAUCCGGCUGGAUGAAGCUGGAGUCACAGAUGAGGUCCUGGACUCAGCCAUGCAAGCGUUUUUAUUGGAAAUCAUCGUGAAGCAUGGGGAGCCGGCACCUUAUUUGUGUAACAAAGACCCUUUUGCUCUGAAAUCCUUAACUUAUCUUGCUAGAAUUUUCCCCAAUGCCAAAUUUCUUCUAAUGGUGCGGGAUGGUCGCGCGUCUGUACAUUCCAUGAUAUCUCGGAAAGUCACAAUAGCUGGCUUUGACCUCAACAGCUACAGAGACUGUUUGACCAAGUGGAAUCGUGCUAUAGAAACUAUGUAUAACCAGUGUAUGGAGGUUGGCUUUGAAAGAUGUAUGCUGGUACAUUACGAACAGCUUGUAUUGCAUCCUGAAAGGUGGAUGAGAACUCUCUUAAAGUUCCUUCGCAUCCCAUGGAACCAAGCAGUGCUGCACCACGAAGAAAUGAUUGGAAAAGCCGGGGGUGUUUCUCUUUCCAAAGUUGAAAGAUCUACUGACCAAGUCAUCAAGCCAGUCAAUGUGGAAGCGCUGUCGAAGUGGGUUGGGAAGAUCCCUGCUGAUGUUCUGCAGGACAUGCCGGUGAUCGCACCCAUGCUGGCAAAACUGGGCUAUGAUCCGUAUGCCAACCCACCAAACUAUGGGAAGCCAGAUCAAAAAGUUGUGGAAAAUACCAGAAGGGUCUUUAAAGGUGAAUUUCAGCUUCCUGACUUUCUUAAAGAAGUGCCACAGCUAAAGAAGACAGUAGAAAGGAGGUCUCGUGGCAAGAUAAAGUGAACGUGGAUCAGUGAAGUCGAUUAGCUGUAGUACUGAACCCAUGGAAUAGAAGAUACAAUGGGAAUUUCUUGCACAGAAGCAGAACGCUGCUGCCUUCUCAAUGGAAGUGAUGUUACAAGGACUGUCCCACUGGGAUCAAUGGGGCCUACUGCUCAUGGCCUGCCUUUCCCACAGAUCUCUCCCCCGUUCCUUCCGUGCUCUUCUCUUUCUGUUCAAGGUUUCGUUGUUGUGAGCGCAUGCAAGCCUGUUUAAAAGAAAAAUACUACAAAAAAAAUAAUAUCACAGUUAAAUGUAGAGCCGUAUUACAUGUAAACAGCUACUUCUGAGGGAUUCAGAAAUGCAGAACAAGGCCUGUGUCUGAGAUUGCUGUUCUGUCGUCUCCAGCCCAAUCCUCCAUCCUCAAGGGCCCUUUCUUUGGUCUUUUUCUCCCUUUAGCAGUUUGGUUUUUGGUGUAUGAAGCUUUCAGAGGAGUGAUCUGUGCUCGUCCUUAAACGGCUUUUGGUGGAACGGUUUUGUUUUAUCGGCGUGUGGAAAUGGUUUAAAUAUCUUUUUAUUUAAAAAAAAAAACAUCGAAAAACAACAAAAACAAAGAUAAAUGACAUGUAUAAUUACAAUCCAAUGAUCUUUUGUAUUUUAUUUUUCAAAAUAAAUGCUUUAAAUGUGA